AUGACUAGCACACCAGACAACGAAGAUAUCACCACACCACCAGCCACGGUUGAAGUCACACCGCAGGAUGAGGAACCUUACAGCGUGUUUGACAAUCGUCAAAAGGCCUUGAUCGUGUUGUUGGUUUCAACUGCUGCUACAUUCUCCUGCUUCGCAUCCAACAUAUAUUUCCCCGCCCUGCCAACCAUCGCUCGCGACUUGGACGUUUCAAUCGAACUAAUCAACCUCACUGUCACCACGUAUCUCAUCUUCCAAGGUCUCGCUCCUAGUCUUUGGGGCCCUCUAUCCGACGUUAGAGGCCGUCGUACUGCCUACGUGGGCACCUUCAUCAUCUUUCUCGGGGCCUGCAUCGGCCUCGCCCUGUCGCGCAACUAUGCCACACUCAUGGUCCUGCGGUGUCUACAGAGUACCGGAAGUGCCAGCACCAUCGCCAUCGGCUCCGGCGUCAUUGGGGAUAUCACCACGAGGGCUGAGCGCGGCGGCUACAUGGGCAUUUUCCAAGCCGGGGUCCUUGCUCCUGUUGCUAUCGGACCCGUCAUUGGCGGCGCGUUGGCCGGUUCGAUGGGAUGGAGAUCCAUCUUCUGGUUUCUGACCAUCUACUGUGGCGUAUUCCUCGUGUUUCUGAUCCUCCUUCUACCGGAAACUUUGAGGUCAAAGGUAGGACCAGGGACGCUGACGCCAGAGGGUGUUUUUACGCGAUAUCCCCUCAAGUUCUACCAGAAGACCACCAAGGUGCGAUGGAGUGCUACAGGUACACUUCCUCCCCAGAAGCGCAUCGACCUCGCCGGGCCGUUCAAGAUCCUCUUCAGCAAGCUGGCCGCCCCAUUCAUAUUCUUUCUCGCUGUCCAUUAUGCGGUGUGGCAGAUGAGCAUUACCGCCAUGUCAUCGCUCUUCUCGGAGCGCUAUGGCCUCAAUGACACACAGAUUGGGCUGACGUUCAUUGCUAACGGCGUCGGAUGUAUAAUCGGGACGUUGGUAACUGGCAAGAUUCUCGACUUUGACUAUCGCCGAGUCAAGGCGUCGUACGAGGGUCGGAUCGAAGGAUCUGCCGGGUCCUCGGAGGAAGCAUUCCCUCUCGAGAAGGCGCGCCUUCGGCUGGUACCCGUAUUUUCCUUCGUCCAGUCUUUAUCUAUUAUUCUCUUCGGCUGGACGAUCAACUACUCAGACAAAGUCCACAUUGCCGUUCCCAUUGUCUCAACCUUCAUCACAGGCUGGACCCAGAUAGCGAUUUAUACUGUCAUCAUGACUUACCUCGUUGACAUCUUCCCCGGUACGAGCGCCGCAGCCAGCGCCAGUUUGAAUCUUGCCAGGUGUCUCUUUGCCGCGGGUGGGACGAGCUUCACGAUCCCCAUGGUGAAUGGGGUGGGAGUCGGCUGGGCGUUUCUGAUCUGCGCCGUUGCACAGAUUCUGGCUCUGUUGGGCUUGGGUGUGCAAUGGAAGCUUGCUACCAGAUGGAGAGAUGAAGGGAAACAGAGUCAACCAGAGGCCUAA